AUGGCGUCAGCAUUCGGGGCCCUGCGCAGCAUGGUCACGGGUGGCCGCAAGCAACGCAGCUCUGCCCCGGCCAGCAUGGACGUUGUCAAAAACAGUGCCUCCACGGGCUUGAGCGGAACACUGCACAUUGUUGUUUCUCACGCCACUGACCUGCCUGUUGGUGCCUCGUGUGAUCCCUACUGCGAGCUUCGCGUCGUGGGCGGAGGCGAUCAACGUCGCUAUCGCACGGUUGUCCGUCGCAAAACCCUGAGCCCCGAAUGGAACGAGACGGUAGUUCGAGAUAAGAGCAAGCACAAGCAUAAUCGAGAUCGCGAGAUGGCCUCUGCCCGCAUCGACUUGCACGCUCUGAUCGAUGGGAAGGAACAGGCUUUAAAUAUGUCACUUUCGCCAGCUGGCCGGCUCUUCAUGUCGAUUUCCUUCGAUGAUGCAUCAAACCUCUUUGGACUCCCCUUGGCCGAUGUUUGUCGACGUGAGCAACGCUCCAUUCCCCACCUCAUCACCAAAUGCGUGUACGAAAUCGAUCAGCGUGGCCUUCAGGAGGAAGGCUUGUAUCGUAAAGCCGGCAACAAGCGCAUCAUUGACAUUUUAGCCGAACAAUUUGUGCUCUCUGCCCACGAAGCCGAGCCAAUAAUACAGCGCUCGGUUGGCAUGGAUAGCAUUCACCCCUUUGCUCCAUAUUGCCAUGUCCGGCUUCAAUCUCAGGCCGACCACAUGUCGCGCAUGCGCCUACUACGUGGUACAAUCGAAGCUUUACCCAAGGAGAAUCGCGACACACUCAAGUUUCUUUUUGAUCAUUUUGCGCGCGUGUUGGAGCAUACUGCAUCCAACUUGAUGUCGGCGGAAGCACUGGCUACCUGUCUCGGCCCCACCAUCUUCACGCCCGCCAGUAAUGAUGCGCGAGCGCAACCCUUCUUUGACGUGCACUCUCAAAAUGCCAUCACUCAGGUCGGGGGUUACAUCGCUUUGAGCGCCUGCAUCUCGACCAGCAACAACCUCACCGGCUGA